AUGAAUGUGAAAUAUGGGAUAUCUCAUGUAGGAAUGUUUGCCAAGAGAAAUUGUGAUUUGUGGUGGUGCAACAAGAUUAAUCAAAAUUUAUGUGACCUUCUCAAUCACUACGCAACUGUCUAUUAUGAACAGGUUGAAUUUACGCAAGAGAAAAAAGGUCCAUCACAAUCUUGGCUCAGGAAUCAUUCAGGAAAUUAUAUGAAAUUGUCCAUUUCUGGUGUAGCGAAUCGUUGCGGUUCACCAUCAGAUUAUUCGGCGAGAAGAGUUGCGGACGUCCAAUUAAUGAUCGAUGAUGCAUCCUUUGAUCCGCCAUGCGGCAUGGAUUUCCGUGUCGCCGCGACCGCCGUACCACAGACGAGUGGACGAGGCGGGGGCGACGAAAGUCACCCACUCACUCGAUCACUCAUUGAAGCUUCAA